UCCGCCAUUUUGGCGUCACCGUCGCCAGAAAAUUGAUCGUAACGCCCUCAUUGAGAAAUUUCAGAAGCUCAGAUUUGAUCAUAGUUUUCCUGAAACUGUUGAAAUCGCAUGAUUGCUGAAACGCAGUGGGUAUGGUGGGCUAAGCGUCGUGCUGCGCGGUCUUCAUAAGAUGGCGGACACAGAGAACGCUGGAAUCAGCAACAACAGCACCGGGCAGGCAGAGGAGGAGAACGAUGGCGUCACCUACUUCGUUGACGAGGAGGGAAGAUAUUAUUACCACCCGGGAGAUGGACAGAACAUCAUGUCCUUGCAAACUGAAGCUCCCGAGGACGCCACAGCCGAGGGCCAAAUGAUGCAGGCCGAGAGUUUUCAGACUGUGACUCUUGUGCCAUCCGACAACGGCCAGGGCGAAGUGAGCUACGUCCUUGUAGUGCAGGAGGAGAAACCGGCCAUCAAUAUAAACAUCAAGGAUGAAAAAGGUAAUGAUGACGUGUACACGUUCGAGGAAGAGGAAACCCCGGGGGAUGAGCCGGAUGAGGAGGAGCCAGCAACCAAGUUGAAGACGCCUGCGCCUGCCAAGCGCAGCAAGUACUCGCGCCCACAGUUUACUUGCAACUUCUGCACCUACACUAGCCAUCGCCGGUACCUGUUGUUGCGCCACAUGAAAUGUCACUCUGAGGAGCGUCCACACAAGUGCAAGGUGUGCGAACGCGGGUUCAAGACGCACGCUUCGCUGCAGAACCACGUGAAUAUGCAUAACGGCGUCAAGCCACACACCUGUAAAUUCUGCGACAGCUCAUUUACCACUUCAGGCGAGCUGGUCCGUCACGUGCGCUACAAGCACACCCACGAAAAGCCGCAUCGUUGCACGGAGUGCGACUACGCCUCUGUCGAACUCUCCAAGCUGCGCCGCCACGUGCGGUGCCACACUGGCGAGAGACCAUACCAGUGUCCGAACUGCACGUACGCUUCUCCGGACACAUUCAAGCUGAAACGGCACCUGCGCACACACACCGGAGAAAAACCGUACAAGUGCGAGCACUGCAACAUGUGCUUUACGCAGUCCAAUUCGCUCAAGGCGCACAAGCUCAUUCACAACGUGUCUGAGAAACCGGUCUAUGCGUGCGAGUUAUGCCCGGCUAAGUGCGGGCGUAAGACUGACUUGCGCAUCCACAUUCAAAAGCUGCAUACUUCCGAUCAGCCGCUCAAGUGUAAACGCUGCGGCAAGUCCUUCCCCGAUCGCUACUCUUGCAAGAUUCACAACAAGACGCACGAGGGUGAGAAAUGCUUCAGGUGCGAGCUGUGCCCGUACGCGUCGACCACGCUGCGCCAUCUCAAGUCUCACAUACUGAAGCACACCGACGAAAAGCCCUUCGCCUGUGAACAGUGCGACCAAACUUUCAGACAGAAGCAGUUGUUGCGUCGCCACCAAAACCUUUACCACAAUCCGGACUAUGUUCCCAAGCCACCGAAAGAGAAGACUCACUCAUGCCACGUGUGUCAUCGUUCUUUCGCACGGAAAGGCAAUCUCAUUCGCCAUCUCGCCGUUCAUGACCCGGAGUCCGGCCAUCAGGAGCGCUCACUCGCGUUGAAACUCGGACGUCAGAAGAAGUUCAAAUUCGUCAAUGGACAAAUGAAGAUUUUAAAUGAAGACGAUUCGAGCAACGAGCCUGCGGAGAUCGUGAAGCUCGGUAUGCGCGGCAACGAGCUGAAACGCGGCGAACUGGUGACUGUAGCCGACGGCGACGGGCAGCAAUAUGUGGUCCUCGAGGUGAUAACUCUAGAAGACGGCACUGAACAGCAGGUCGCUGUAGUUGCACCGGAUAUGCUAGAAGAAGAGCCCGAUGAAGAAGAAGAGGAAGAAGAGGAGGAGGACGAGGAAGAGCACGAAGAAGAAGAAGAGGAGGAGGAAGAAGAUAACGAAGAAGAUGAGGAAGACGAAGGAAUGGAAGAGGAAAUAACAGACAAGACGACUGUGUACAUAGAAAAGCAGCGCACGAACAAGGGCAUCAAGCUUGAGAACGAAGUCGACAACUGCUUCGGCUUCGAUGAAGAAGAGGACCCCGAAGAAGAAGACAAUGCUACCACUGAGGCUACCUAUAUCCUUGCUUAAAUUAUAGGAAAUGUGAAUGGACAUUCGCGUCUAACAUCGUUAACGUCGAUGUUUCUUCAAGAAAGAUUGUCGUCAAGCCAAUAAUAAAUGAAAAAACCUAUUUAACUGUAAGCCGUAUUACGAUAAUUACAUUAUCUCGUAACACUGAAGUAGAGGAGAUUACAAAUAAGAAGCGUUAUUUUUAAGGGUGUUUACUUUUAGAUGUUAUUGUCUCAGUGUUAGUUCACAGUGCGAACUCUCGCGCAAGCAAUUUAAUAUUUAAUUCAUACACGUGUAAGAUUAUCGAUUAAUAUGAUCUCUAAAACACAACAAAGGCCGCCAUGGCUGAUGCAACAAACGAUUUAGCGAGACAAAAAAUAAAUGUACACAUAUAAUAGUAAUUAUAAUAACAUGGAAUCAAUGUUAGAUGCAGAUAAUUGUGCUAAUUAUGCGAUUGUAUUUUGUAAAUUGUCAGGUUCACAUGCAAGUUUGCUUACGCGGUCGGUAAAUAGCCACUCACUGAACUUGACACUUUACACCGAAUGAUGGGUGGCGGUGGAAAUCGUCUAUAGUUAAUGAGAGUAUUUGCAAACAAAAAAUGUUAAAUAGAUGUUCCUUUCGUUUUGUAAUUUAUAUUUUCAGUUUGUCUUAAUAAAUUUAAAGUAAAUCUUCAAUUCCACCCAUCACCAAAGUACCUUUUGUAUUGUUUAUUAUUAUGAUUUACGCAUUGUGGAUGUUCGUAGCGCCUGUUCUUUGUAUUUUAGUAGUCAAUAAUUUACCACUUUAGCGUCAUUCCGAGUAGAAUUACUAUACUAUUUUAACGUAACUUUAAAUUGUAUAUAAAUUAUUGUGUUUUGAAAACCUAUACUUGUUACUAUUUCUUUCUGUAUAUACCAAUAGUCAAAUAUGAGAUGUAUAUUCCAGAGAAUAUGCAAUUUUAGGUUUAGGCGUGUAAUUAAGAGUUCCGUACAGUUUCCACGUAACAUUUACUUUCCUAUAUAUAGCCAAUUAAAUAUUGAACCGAAAUAAUAGGCACAAGAAAUUAUGUCAACUAAUUAUAUAUCAAUUUAUUAAAUUAUUAAUUACGUGUUUAUCUGAACUAACCAUAGUUUUGAUUGUAGUAGCUUCAUAAGUUUCUUUUAUCACCUCGACACGCAUAAAGUGUUUUAGGGGAUUAAGAAAAAAGAUCAAAUAUGCGCACGCUGUAUAUAAUUAUUUUGAAGAUUGACUUGAAGCUUCCCUUCGGCCUUUUAUAUUUGAGGGCCUUGCAUGCUGUCGGUAGCUAUUGUGGUUUGGCUGGUCGCAUCACAGGCUGCACUCAUUAAGAUCCGACAUGCAUGUUAGGACUACCGUUAUAAUAAAUAUCAAAAUACUGAAAACAUCAUUUAAUAUUGACAUUAUGGUAGUCCUCACGGGUAAAGCGUUAAAUGAUCGGUUUAACUCCCGCACUUUGAGGGAUAUAAUGAAGAAGAAUGAAUUAGUAUGUUCACACUGUUACUUCAUUUAUCAAAAGACUUGUAUUUUAUUUGUUAUGCGGUAAACAUUACUUCGGUGAUCGGUGAUGUAACCGUCCACUUUGCUUCUAUGAUGGCAUAGCGGCAUGCAUGACACUACAAACACUAUGAUUAUUUCACUACUUCAUAUUUUAUAAUCAUCCUUGUAACAAGACGUACCAAUUGCAACCCUUGCCUACAAAUAGAAUUUGUUUUACACAAAGUUAGAAAAAAUCGACAAGAUUACGGUUUGUCAUAAAAUCUCAGAAUAUCGAAGUUGUAUAUUUUAAGGUGUUACCACACCAACUAAUCUAUAGUGAUCGAUGGUAGAUUGAGAUGAUUCAAAAUCGAUCCACAGUUCCUACUACACCAAAUUGAUCUGCUCCAUUUGUCAUUAAAUGAUCCAUGUACACUGUUCUAUAUACAUUUUAAGAACUACUUGAAAACCCAUUGUAUGAAUGAUUAAAUCUAUUAUCGACCUACAGUCGAAUGAUUGUUUGGUCGAUCGAUAUUCAUUGAUAAGCCAAUGUUACCAAACCAACCGAUCGACGUCGACCGAUGGUAUCUAUUCGACAUCGAUCGGUUGGCGUGGUAACACCCUAAUAUAUGGAUAGAGAUACCAAUUUUAAGCUGCUGAGCACGUCUUUUAUGUUGUAAUUCUUAAGAAUCAUCAAUGUUUAAACAUAAGGCGAUUACUAGCAAGUGCAUCAUCAGAUUCUAACAGUGUAUUAUAUGUAUACUGGAAAUGUUCUGGCUUUAUAAUGUAGUUUACAGUUUACGUAGAAUACUAGAAAAUAAAUACCAAUUCUAUUUAUAUCUUAACUAUUUUAACAAAGCGUCAUUCACUUCGCAAAAUACAACCUGUUACUAUAAUUUAUUGUGUAGUAGGUACUUGUAUAAAAUAGAAAUAUUACAAAAACAUAACGUUGUGUUGUAUUUUAUUUAUAGAUAUUAAUUUCGCAUUGUAUAAAAUUGUCCCCAUAGGCUGACCUAUAGGCACCUAAUGUAUGUUGUCACAUUA